CUUCUGACCAGUCAGACUGAGGAGGAUUUCACACCAACUCUCUCAGGGCGCUGACUCAGAGAAUAUUGGAAAAACAAGGAUGGAGAAAGUUCUUCUCUACAUCACUGGUGCAUCAGUUCUGUGUGCCGUCUCCACAGUUGCUAAAAUUCAGUACCACUUCAUUUAUGAGGCGAAGAGCUGGAAGGAUGCUCAGAGUUACUGCAGGAAAACGUACACAGACCUGGUGACUGUGGACAGCGCUGAGACCAUGACCAUCCUGAGGAACACGGUGGACUUGAACAAAUUGGCUGAAGCCUGGAUUGGUUUGUAUGACGAUGUGAACAGCUGGAGGUGGUCCCUGUCGGAUGAAGCGUUCUACUCCGGCUACGGGACUCUCUACAGGAACUGGCCGUCUGGACAACCGGACAACAGCGACAAUGGAGAGAGCUGUUUGGAGAUGCUAGGAAAUGGAGAAUGGAACGACAUCGGUUGUGAUGUUACGCGUAUUCCGAUCUGUUCUACCGUCAGCGGGACAGCAGCAACGUUCACGGUCGGCCCCUCACCAAUGACCUGGGCUGCUGCUCAGAGCUACUGCAGAACCCACCACACGGACCUGGCCAGCGUGAGAAACGACAAUGAGAACGAGCAACUAAAGGCAACUAAACCUGAUAAGGAGACUGUCUGGCUCGGACUCUUCAGAGACAACUGGAAGUGGUCCAACGGAUCCCAGGUCACAUAUACUUACUGGGGGUCUGCUGAACCCAGCGGUCCGACGGAGUACUGUGCAGCAGCAAACUUUGCCUCCCUUGGACACUGGGUGGACUUGGAAUGUUCUCUGACAAAAGCUUUCAUUUGCUACCACGAAGUGCCUUUCACAAAGCAUGUGAUAAAACUCAAGCUGGUGGGAAACUCCGCUCUGGACCUGAAUGCUGCUGCCGUGCAGGAAGGCCUGCUGAACGAGCUGAGAAAGAAGCUGAAGGAGCAGGGAGUGACUGCAGACGUCAGACUGAGCUGGAAGAAGCAGCAGGAUGGAAACAUCUUCCACCAGGAGAAGCAGGGCCCUCCAGAGAUCUGUCUGCUGGACCAGAGGCUGCAGCAGCGCCCUCUGCUGGACACGCAGGUUAAGGGGUUCAGAGCGAAAUCUCUGUGCACCGUCUGCUCUGGAACUGUACGCCAGUACCACUUCAUUUAUGACCCAAAGAACUGGACCGAAGCGCAGAGUUACUGCAGAGAGAAGUACACGGACCUGGUCACUGUGGACAGUUUGGAAAUGGUGAACAUGCUGAACAGCAUGGCAGACAUCAGCAGAAUGGGCUCAACAACAGAUGCCUGGAUUGGUUUGCACUUUGAUGUGAUCAGCUGGAAGUGGUCACUAUCAGAUGAAUAUUUCUACUCAAAAGAUGAAAACUUCAGAAACUGGGCAGGUUCAGAGCCAAACAGCCUCUGGUACUUAAAAGAAUGUGCUUAUAUGUAUGACAACGGACUAUGGUACGAUAUUCCCUGUCAGGGGCUUCAUGGAUUCAUCUGUGCCAACAUCAGCGGUAAGACUAUUUAA